GAGGUAAACAGUUUGGAUGGGUAGAUGAUACCAACCCCUGCAUUUUUGUAAAGCAAUCUUGUUUGUAUUCAUGACACUCCGUAUUGAACGUAGAGAAAAGGGCGUUUUUAAAAAUCCACCUUUUGGUUUUUUGGGCGUUUAGACUGUAUAGCAUACUACUAUAUUAGCUACAGUGGUAGCAGCAAUCCCCGUCAGUUGGCUCUGCGCCUCCACCGUUCACUGGUCUACAGUUUUGAGCUCCGUCCCUGUUUUUAGUUUUAUUUUGUUAUCGUGCUGGGAUAUUUAUCAAGUUGUACGUGACUGAGAAGCAAAAACAAUAGGCGCUUGAUGUAAUGUUAAUUGAAAGCUGAAAGGAGAUCCGCCAUUAUCAGUCAAGUCGUCGACGAAGCCAUGACGAAUACAUCGCAGCUGUCGUUCCGGGGUGUUAGGGCUUCCAAAUUUCGCCACGUCUAUGGUCAAACUGCGCGUAAAGACAAGUGUUAUGAGAACGUGAAAAUCACCAAAGACGCCCACGAUUCCAAUUGCUGUGCCGCUAAUCCGAAAUUCUUGGCCAUUAUUACGGAAGUGGCCGGAGGUGGAGCCUUUAUCGUUUUGCCGCUAGAAAAAACGGGCCGCUUGGAUCUUAACGUUGGCAAGGUGACGGGUCAUGCCGGACCUGUCCUCGACAUCAAGUGGAAUCCGUUUAACGACAAUGUUAUCGCUUCGGCUUCUGAAGAUUGUACCGUCAAGCUGUGGCACAUACCCGAUGGUGGAUGUACGGAAAACGUCCAGCAAUGGCUAGUGGAACUCCGCGGUCACAAACGACGCUGUACCUACAUCGAAUGGCAUCCAACUGCCGAUAAUGUGCUUCUCAGCGCUGGUUCGGAUCACCUCAUUUUCGUCUGGAAUAUCGGGACUGGGACACCUAUCAACAUAAUCGAAUGUCACCCGGAUGUCAUCUAUUCCAUGUCGUUCAACCGCGACGGCUCUCUACUGGCCACAACCUGCAAAGACAAGCAGUUGCGGAUCGUGGAGCCGAGGACGGGCCGAGUGAUCAAGGAGGGCACUUGUCAUGUUGGCAGCAAAGCCAGCAAAGUGGUCUACUUGGGUGACACGGGCCGGCUUUUCACAACUGGCUUUUCUCGCCAAUCAGAUCGCCAGUACGCCUUGUGGUCGCAAGAGGAUCUGAGUACGCCCCUGCGCUGUGAAAUGAUCGAUUCUUCAUCGGGUAUUUUGAUCCCUUAUUAUGAUGCGGAUACUCGGAUGAUAUACGUGGCCGGGAAAGGCGACGGUAACAUCCGCUACUAUGAGAUAGUGGAUGAGGAACCGUGGAUCCAUUACUUGACACAGUACUUGUCCGGCUCCCCACAACGCGGUCUUGGCUACAUGCCAAAACGAGGAGUUCAGACGCAAGUCUGCGAGACUUUCCGCUUCUACAAGUUGCACGCUACCCGGGGAUUGUGCGAGCCCAUCAGUAUGAUUGUGCCCCGAAAGAGCGAAACCUACCAAGACGAUCUUUACCCGGACACGGCAGCACCUACUCCAGCCCUUACGGCCGAAGAAUGGAUCAAAUGCAUCAAUCGCGACCCGGUUCUCAUGUCUAUGAAAACAGGAUCGGUCCUACCACACGCAGUCAGGACAUUCAAACCCGUCCGCUACGACCCGGUGGAGCGCAAACUGCUGACUUCUGACAAGAAUAACGACAAAAAGUUUGCUUUCAUCACGCAGGAGACUGUCGUCGAUUAUCGACCGGUAGAGCGCGCAGAAUCUGGCUUCCACGACAUGAGCCCGUCGACGGACGAGGACGAAACAGCCUCGUCCGAUUCGCACGAACAUGACGACGAGGACGAGGACGAUAGCGAUCCCACGGCCCAACGAGAAAGGAUCCGUCGAAAUCACGUCUGGGCCAUCAUCAGUUUGCUGGAAGAACAGGCCAAAGGACCUUAUCAUUUGAUGAUGAGAGCGGCCGACGCCAAGGCGGCAAAGACUUCGACCAAUCUGGGCACAAAGUUCCAGCAGACGCAACAAAUGUGGUCUCGUCCUACGCGUUCCAUGACUCAGUUGAACAUGGUCUCGCCCACUAAUGGAAUCCACAAAGCCAAUAGCAUCGGUAUUGGGAGCAUUGGGGCGACGAACCAGCGUGCUAUUUCCGGAAGUGCUUUCAUAACAUCGGAGAAAGCUAUCGAAAUCAUCGACGCCCCUGUUAAAGGAACUGAGUUAAGGCGGGCUUACGAUGCCCAAGGAGAAGAAAUCCGGCGCUUGAAGCAGCAACUGGUACUCAAAGACCGUCGCAUACACGAGCUUGAGGAGCAACUCCAGCGUUUCAAAAUGUCUUUUAUCACCGAUUCAACAGCGUGAUUGCAGCUGGCAAGCAUCACGUCCUUGCCCUACGAAUUGCGGAAGAACCCGACUGAUAGAAACAAAAAAGUCCCAUCACUUCUUUGUGAUCGAUGUAAAUAUUAAUAGGAAGACUGUCGGCAGACGUUUUAUUUUCGCUUAAAAAACUCGUGUUUUUGACCAUUGGCGAUAAUGCUUCACUUGUGAAGAGAGCGAUGAGACUGGUUCAGCUGGCCAGUGUCUCGCUUAUCCAUUCUAUCUAGAAGUGUUUGUUGGUCGAAUGCCAGUUCGUGCGUUUGCUGCUUUCCCUUCUUUUUUUUUUUAUAAUUUUAUUUUUUCUAUGAGUAUAUUUUUGAUGUUCUGCCUCACCGGAAUUGACUCGGAACUUUUUCGUUUGCCCGAAACCGUUAAAGAAGUCUUUUUUCUUUUCCUCCAUUUUGUUCUCGAUUUGCUCUGCCUCGCCUGUGUAAAAAAAAUGUUUUUUUUUCUUUUCUUAUAAAUAUAUACAUAUGACAACUUAAA